UGAGAGCAUCAGCCAAGACAGGUGUCAUCCAGGUGUGCAGAGAUCUGCCAUGAUGAUGGCCAUGAUGAUGAUGACGAUGAUGAUGACAAAGAUGAUGAUCACAUCUGCAAGCCCUUUUGAAAGACUCGAUAUAGACACUGUCAGUGUGACGACAGGUGUGCCCGACAUGUGGCGCAUUGUUUCCAGCCUGCCUCCCUUCGUGCAGUUUGAAAGUGGGGCUCCUGUAAUGCUGGAGGGGGACCUGGUCAAAAUGUCCUGUCCAUCCCUUCCCUUUGAGGCUUAUUAUGUCUGGAGCUACCUGAACCGGUCCUCGGGUGUGGUGAGAGAGAUUGGAUACGACAAGAAGCUUCCCCCGAGGAUCGCCACGGUGGGGGACUCUGGACAGUACAGCUGCACAGCUAAUUUCUUCAGAGCUGUGGCACAGUUUCACACUGAGCUGACUGUGCUUGAGCGGCUUCUCCCACCCUCGGUGGUGGUCAGCUCCCAGGGCUCAGUGGUAUUAGAGGGGAGUGGCCUCGUCACCUUGAAGUGCGUGCCCACCUCUGGCCCCUCCCUCAUCACCUGGAGCUGGAACAAGCUGGGAGGGGCGGAGCCUCAGAAGGUGGGGGCGGAGCAGACGCUGACUCUGAGAAGGAUAGGGGACAGUGGGCUCUAUGAGUGCCAGGCUCACACUUCCACCCUGAACCUCACUCAAGUAAACAGCAGCCUGCCUCACCAGGUGAACAUCAUCCCUUCACCAGUGGGUCUCCCAGUUGGCAUGGCUGCCCUUGCCCUGGGCCUCCUCUGCCUGUUCCUCCUGCUCCUGCUGGGCGUCUGGGUCUUCUUGCACAGAGGGACCAAGCCCACGGCUCUCAACAAGCUGUCCCACGACCCCCCACCCAGAGUCUCUCAUUGUUCAGGAUUGCCCGGACCAGGAAUGGAAUUGAAGGACAGCUCCCGAUCGACUGAGGGUGAGGUUUACAUGAACUGCAAGACCGCAGGGGAGGCCUACACCGACCUGAACCACUACGACAUGUCUGAGGAGAACACCUACGACUGCCUGUCCUGACGGAAAACCACAUUGCGUUAGCUUGCAUUAAGUUAGCCUGCAUUAUAUUAGCCUUGAUUGCAUUAGCCUGUAUUAUGUUAGCUUGCAUUGCAUAAGCCUGCAUUGCGGUAGAUUGCAUGGCAUUAGCCUACAUUACAUUAGCCUGCAUUGUGUUAGCUUGCAUUGCAUUAGCCUGCAUUACGCUAGCUUGCAUUGCAUUAGCCUGCAUUACAUUAGCCGACAUACAUUAGCCUGCGUUACAUUAGCCGACAUUGCGCUAGCCUGCAUUACAUUAGCCUGCAUUACA